UUUGUAAAAGCUAAGGUGGCCAGAUUAGAAUUUAGAAUAGUCUGAAUAGUGGGGUCCCAGUAGGCUUUUGUUUUUACUGUUAUAUCCUGUCAUUUUAAUUUCAAUCGACUACGAACCCCACUUUCAGUAUUCACGAGAAUUUUCAUGUAUACAGACGUUUCUCCUGCAACCUUCAAUCGACAAAAUUAUUUUUUCAAUUUAGAUUUAUAUAUCGCAAAAUCGGUCUUUUAUAUUUCGUUCUUCCAAUCCUUACCGUUGCUGUGCUUAUCUUGUACUGUACUUUUCGAAAGGAACGAACCAUGAAAAGACGUGGGAAUCCCCGAGCUAAGGCAGGGAAAGGUGUGUUGGAAGUGCAAAAGGUGGAUUGUGUAGAUUCAUCGAAGAAGAUGGCGGUAAUCAAUAAACCCAAGUACUUGCCUGAUCUUCGUAACGUGCUUAUGCCAAAUGUAUUCUGUGAUCACAAUAACCGUGUUGCUGCGGCCCGGCUUUUCGCCGAAGUCCAUAAGCACGAUCCAAAUGCUGCUGCACUUUUUGAUGGCGCCGAGGUACCAUGCUUGAUUGUGCCGCGCACCCUCUUUCCCAAUCGUGCUCCACUGGAAAAGAUUACUUUUUUGCCCAAGCUAUUGCUACCAACCGGCUUUGAUGCCGGCGGAGUUUUUGGGCCCGGAGUCAUUUCCCGGCGGUGUUAUCCCCUCGGUUUGCUACCGCCGAAUCACCGCGGUCAAACUCCGCCCUUGUUUGUGGGGCGACGUAGUGAUGAAGUUCAUAUUCCGCCGGAGGUACAGAAAUUUUUUAAUUCAGUUCCCCUUGCUCCGGCAAAGCCCAUGGUGACAAUUGGUAUUACCCAAAUGCCAACAUGCACGAAAGACUUAAAUCACGAGGCGAACGUCCUGGAAAUGCAAAUGGUUCGUAAUAACUAUACCUUAUCAAAGGUUCUCACACGAGAGCAAAAAGCAGAGUCUAUCUGUCCAGUUUGUACUGUUCCGGUCCAGUGCAACAUGUACACCCCGGAUCUGUCCAAUGUCCUGGUGGUGAUGCCACGCCAGUGUAACCUUACGGUAGCCAUGCUCUCCACGGUACUUCAUCCGCAUGUGCCACAGGUUGCGUUUGCCACCAUGGGCGACGAGGAAUGUCCAGAAUUUGAGUUACCCGGAAAUUUUUUUCCUGCAAGUGAUAAAACCAAGCGUCCAAUCUUUCUACCCAAACGCUUCCUGCCCAAGGGAUUUGUUGCAUGCUGUAUCUAUAAACCAGGUAGCCUUCCGGAGUACUGGUUUAAGGAAACUAUUCGCAAUUCCAGUACACCACUGCCACAACAUAAUAAAGCUAUUACUCCACCACUUUUAGUCGGUAAGUUCUCCAGCGGAGAGCAGGCCGUGGAUUUAAUUAAGGAAAUCCAAAUCGAGGCCGAAAAUUGGACAUGCAAACAUAUCAAGGCCUUAGAAGCGAUACCUCUCCCAACAAUGGAUUUUUACCCAAAACCCGGACGGGGCUUCAUUUUACUGGAGACGGAUGAUCCGGAAACCCCAAAGGGUGCUUAUAGCGUUACCAGCUACUCGCACGCCUGUACUGAAGGAUGCUUUGUAAAGUUAGCACGCAGUGAAUCAACUGAAAUAGAAGUCCAGCGGGAGGGGAUCGAAUCUGCAGAUUCAAAAGAUACUCAGACCGAAGAUGAGAUGUCCUCAAUUAAAUCGGAAAUAGAAGAAGAAAAAGCCGAAGCAGAAAUUGAAAGAAAAAUAUAUGAAGUCGAAGACGAUAAAAUAAAAGAAGAGAAAGAACAUAAAUCUGAAAUAGAAGAUGUGUCAUCAUCAGAUAUUGCAAAAACCGAAAAUGAAGCGGGAUCACAAGAUGAUGUAGAUACUGUACCAUUUGCAUCUGCAUGUGGCCAAGGAGCAAAGAAGAAGAUAUACCUCAAUGCUUUUUCAAUUGAUAGCGACAUUGAUCUAAUUGCCAAUGCUGCGGUCGAUUUAGGUGAUGCCGAGCUAGAGUUAUUGCCCACCGCUGAGCCACUGCCCGAUAUCAAUUACAAUCGUGCCAUGGAUCAGCUACGUCAGAUCCUCGAGGAAAGGGUCAAGAUACGUCGGCAGACCGCCAACCAUAUGAACGAUCAUGUUAAGAAAAUGGAAAAUGACCGUAAAGGCGCUUUGCGCAAAACAUGUUGCGAAUGCGGCAAGUUCCAUUAAAGGGAUUGUUUUGUAUAUAUAUUUAUUUCAAUUAUAUAUAUUUCUUUUUGUAA